AUGGAUACUGCUGGUUCGUCAAAGAGUGCACAAAAAGAUGAAUCAAAGAAGCAUUCAAGGAAUUGCAGUCCUCCUGCAUUGGAUCAUUUCUUCUCGCAUACGCUGGAAGCCGAAGGAGGAACUAAUUCAACGAAAUCAUUAUCUUACUCUGUUAAAAGUAAACCAGAUGAUAAUUUCUCGCUUACUAUCAUGUCGUGGAACAUUGAUGGUCUUGAUGAAAACAAUCUUGCUAUUCGUUUUACUGCAGUUUGCUACAUAAUUUCGAAGGUUUCUGCUGAUGUAGUUUUUCUACAAGAAAUGACACCAGAUUUGGUUCCGCAAAUCAGGAAGAAUUUAAGUGGUGAGUACAGUAUCCUGGUUGCAACUCCAAAUCUGCCAUAUUUUACGGUGGUUCUCCUAAAACCAUUCAUCAAGUUGAUCUCGCAUAAAGCGGUCCCAUAUGGACGUUCAGGAAUGGGUCGAUCAAUGCAGCUUGUUGAGACUUCAUUACAUGGGCACAAAGUUAUGCUGCUAAAUACACAUCUUGAAAGUAUGAAAGAACACUCUGAUAUAAGAAUGACACAAAUUCAAGAAUGUUUCGAACAGCUAACUGAAUGGGAUGAUGGCGAAACUGUUAUCGUUUUUGGAGGUGAUCUUAAUGCUCGCAAUAAUGAAAUUGGCGAGCUUCCGCCUGGAUUCGAGGAUGCAUGGAUUGCUGCAGGGUCGAAAACAAAAUUCAAAUUUACUUGGGAUACUUUGCUGAAUGACAAUAAAACUGCUGGAAAAGCCCGAUGUCGUUUUGAUCGCAUCAUCUACAAAAGUGCUGAUGUCUUCUCGAGAGUGAAUUUUUCGCUUGAAGGGCAGAACAGAAUUCGUUCCUCACUUUGCUUCCCUAGUGAUCACUGGGCUAUUCUUGUUCAUUUUUACUGA